AUGACGGAGCCAGGACCGCGAAAGCGCUCCAGAAUCGCCUGUACUUCGUGCCAGUCCCGUAAGCGCAAGUGCUCCGGUGACCAGCCAUGCAGCACGUGUGUGCAGUUGGGCGCGGCAUCAGAUUGUCAUUACGAUAUUCAGUCGCGGAAGAAGAAAGAUCUCAAAGCUUUCAGACUCUCAGUUGGUCAGUCGUCAAUACAUCGACCUAAUAAUGUCGCGGAUGAAUCCCCUCGGCCCCCGAGCCAGGACCAGUCCACAACAACGCCUGGGGACUCAGCAAGCAUCCCCCUCAGCUCUCUAGAAGCCAAUUCGGGCGCUGCGUUUGUACGCAGAUUGGGUCUGAAACUGGACGCUGCCAAUGCACCCAGAUUGCAUCUCUUCGCAUGGAACGUUGGGGCUCGUCAUCCACCCCCGUCCACCAUGCCCCCGCCAACCUCGGUUGCUCCAGUGCCCAUUGUGGACAUCAUCUCCCAGGAAGAAAUGCGGACGUUGAUGACCUUCUUCCUUGAAAAAGUGGAUAUGUGCUAUCCUUUUCUCGACCGGGACGCGGUGCUCCGCCAUGUCAGCAGGCGAUGGCUGCCCCCCUCGUCCGAGUCCGCACUGGCGUAUGGACCGUACGAUGCGGUGCUCUGCGGCGUGGCGGCGAUCGGGUACCUCUUCUCGCGACGACGAGCCGUGCCCGCGGAGUACCAGCUGGCCGAAACCGCCCGGCUGAUCCUCGAGCACAGCCUGCCCUCCGAGACCCCCGUGUCGGUCGACAUGAUUACCGGGUGGGUGUUGCGAGUCGCAUACCUGCGCAUGACCGCGUCUCCGCACGCUGCCUGGAUGGCGAGCUGCUCGCUGAUGCAUCUGAUCGAGGCCUCGGGGCUCCAUCUCGAGGCCCUACCCGACGCGGUGCUGAAUCCAACGACCGCGCCCUGCGCCCCGGAAACCCGCCGGCGGCUCUUCGGUAUGGCCCGCCACCUGAAUGUCUGGAUUUCCUUCGAGCUCGGCCGCUCCCGCGUGGUCCUGCACGGCGCGACCUCGCUGCCCCCCGCGCCGCGAUCCCCCAACGGGCCCUCGGAGAUCUUCAAUCUCCUCCCCGUCUCAGAGAGCCUGGACCCAAACAAGACGCAGGACGCGCCGGGCCUGGAGGCCACCCUCGCCAACAUCCUCGACAUAGCGCACAUCCAAGCCCCGCUCAUCCUCGCCCAGUGCAACCUUAUGCUCUGCAUCUACCGCCGCCUGCGCGCCCUCAACUCCAUCAUCUCCGGCGCCCUACUCGACCGCGUCCUCGCCCUCGCCGCAAAGGGCCUCCGCGCCGCCCGCGAAAUGGUCGCCUCCAUCUGCCCCUGGCACCAGAUCGCAAACGUCCCCUUCCAGGUCGUCUGCACUCUCCUCGCCAUCGACACCCGCGCCGCCCUCGCCCUCCUCGCCGACGCAAUGCGCACGCUCCGCAACGUUGCCGCCGCGUACGACACAGACGUCAUGCGCGAGGCCUACAGCACCGCCUACCUGCUCAUCCUCCUGCACCAGCGCCGCAAGGAAGAGGACACCCGUGCCCUGCGCGACGUACUCCGCGUCAACGCCUCUGCCUCUGCCUCUGCUCCCACUACAGCCACAACGUCAACCUCAGCAUCAACCUCCACGCCGCAGCCGAACCUAUCCGCGGGACAGCAGCAGCAGCAACAACAGCAGCAACUGCAACAGUCACUCCCGCCGCCGCGCUCCGGCCGCCAGGAUUCAGCCGAGUUCUCGUGGCUGGGCGAGCUGAUGAUCGACAUGCCGAGUCUGCAGAAUUUCGACCUGGAGCAGUUUCUCAUGACGGAUGUGCCGUGGCCGCUGCCGGAGAUGGGGAUCUAG